GGAAAAUCAAAUAAUAUUUUCUUUUUUAUAAAAUCCAAACCCAAGAAGUCAUCAGAAGUGAGAGUGGAAAGGUGUAAGGAAGCUGUUCUGAAGGGAUCGUGUAUAGGGCUGCAGAAUGUGGGCGGCUAAAUAUGUUUUAUGUGCGCUGACAUGCGUUGCAUUUGCUACAGCUUCUCAAAACUCUGACCGCAAACGGAGAAAUAAAAUGGAUAUACCUGAAGAGCCCAACGUCCCGGUUGCCUUGGCUAGCAGUUUGGAUACGAGCUGCGCGGCGGCCAAGAUCAUGCCGCCGGAAAUAAGUUAUGGUAGGGUUGUUCUAUUCGAUCGUCGUCGGAAGGGCAAAAAGGUUUUCCUAGUCGCCUACUUCGCCUGUAACGAAAACUACAGCUUCGAAAAUGAAAACACAGCCAUGUUCUGCUCAAAUGAGAAGUGGUUGGGUGAAAUACCCACUUGCAUUCCCGAGCCGGAUUAUGCAGAAAUUGAGGAUGAUGGGGUAGAAGUUGAUGAGGAUCUCGAGGAGUACGACACGGUUGCUACCGACGAUGAGAUUGUUGAGGAUGGGGUUGAGGAGUCGCAGGAUAGUGAUAGGGAGCCGCCACCACCACCACCACCGCCGGUAAAGGAAAGCGCCGUGCCAGCGGUAUUAUCUGAAUUCCAGCCAGAACCAGAAAUCGUUAUUCAUAUUAAUGAAAGCGAAACAAAUCAAUUAGAAGCGGGCGCUCAAACUCCCCAGGGUACUGAGCUCCAAACUCCCGAAGAACCCACAGUCGAACGAUUCCUGGAAACCGAUCCUAAAACUUCCGAAAACAUUAUUCCUCAGCAAGUGCCAACUGAGGAAAUAUCACCCAACAAUACAUCUGUUGCGCCCACAAAAGACAUUUAUGAUCCCACCCUAUUGGACAACAACUGUGGGCCGGAUAAUGGCGGUUGUGCGCACAUAUGUAAGAGAUUGCUUUAUCCAGAUGAAAACGAACCCGUUCAAAAAUGCGACUGUCAAAAGGGCUACACCCUAGAUCCCAACGACUAUGCCAGCUGUCUAGAUAUCGACGAGUGCCAGGAGUCGAAUGGCGGCUGCUCGGAGAUUUGCGAAAACAUGCCUGGAGAAUACAAAUGCGCGUGUCAAGCUGGUUUUCAAAUAGAUGUUUCUGAUGGAAAAACUUGUGUGGAUAUUGAUGAAUGUGCCCAUAGCGAGCUGUCAUUGGAUUGUGCAGAAGGCUGUGAAAAUCUGCCUGGCUCCUAUCGAUGUGUGUUGCCACUGGGAGAAAAAGUUGAAGCGGUGGAGGAGCCCAAACUGGAGGUCAUCGAUAUUCCGGUGACCAAAACAUGCAAUCCAGGCUUUAAGCUUUCCGCCGAUGGCAACGACUGUCUGGACAUAGACGAGUGUGAGGUAAAGGAUCCCCAGAGUGCCGGGUGCGAGCAGGAUUGUGUGAAUACGGUCGGCUCCUUCCGUUGCUACUGCCGUGAUGGUUACCAUUUGCUCGAGGAUCAGCGGAGCUGUGCCCUUGAUGGCUGUGCGGAUCUGGACAAGCCCGAGUUAAAUCGCACUCGAUGUGCCCACGCGUGCGAAGAUCUGCCCGAGGGUAAUUACCGAUGCAUAUGUCCCAAGGGCUAUGAGCUUUCCGAGGAUCAGCACUCCUGCCAGGUGGAGGAAUCGGCCUGCUCCAAGGCGAAGGGAAGUGAGAGGUGCUCGCCGGGAACCUGUGCCCCCAGCGAGGACAACACUAGCUUUAGUUGCAUUUGCCCAACAGGCUAUCGCAGCGAGGAGUUCGCCUGCCAGGACAUUGACGAGUGCGCCGAUUCCUCUCACCUGUGCAGUCACAGCUGCCGGAACACCCCGGGCGGCUAUCAGUGCCUGUGUCCCGAGGGACUCAAUCUGGUCGAGGAGUUCACCUGCGUGGCCGAGGAUCGCUGCGAGGUGAACAACAAUGGCUGCGAGCAGAUCUGCCUGACGGCCAGAGAAGGAACCUGCUCCUGCCGCGAAGGAUUCCGCCUGAGUGCCGAUGGCAAGAGCUGCGAGGAUGUGGACGAGUGCCAGGUGGACAACGGCGGCUGUCAGCAGGUGUGCAGCAAUCUGCCAGGUUCGUAUGGGUGUUUGUGUGCCGCCGGCUAUGAGCUCCUCAAGCUGGACGGCUUCCGUGGCUAUUGCUUCGACAUCGACGAGUGCUCGCAGGGAACGCACGGGUGCAGCGACCAAAUGCUUUGCGAAAACCUCAAUGGUUCAUACACCUGCCUCUGCCCACCCGGCUAUGCCUUAGGAUUGGAUAACCACAUCGCCGCAUCACUAAACUCCUCAUUAUCUCAUGACUCAACCUCCACCUCACUUGAACCAUCUCCAUCUUCACCCACAUGCUUGGACAUCGACGAGUGUUCGUUGGCCAAUGGGAAUUGCUCUCACUUUUGCCAGAACGAGCCUGGUGGCUUCCAGUGCUCGUGUCCUUUGGGUCAUGCCCUGUCGGAGGACAUGCACUCCUGCCGGGACAUUGACGAGUGUGGCGACGACAAUGGCCAGUGCUCGCAGCUCUGCUUGAACCAGCCGGGGGGAUUUGCCUGUGCUUGCGAGGCGGGCUACGAACUAACCCCCGAUGGCUUCGGCUGCUCCGACAUUGAUGAGUGUUCGCUGAACUAUGGCAACUGUAGCGACAUCUGCAUCAAUCUUCUAGGUACCCAUGCCUGUGCCUGCGAACGGGGCUACGAGCUGGCCGCGGACAAGAGGACCUGCCAGGAUGUGAACGAGUGUGCCGGGCUCUUUUCCGGCGGCUGCUCCCACGAGUGCAUCAACAAGGCGGGCACCUUCGAGUGCGGCUGUCCCCUGGGCUAUGUCCUGAACGAGGACGGUCGCAACUGUCAUCCCGCUCUGGUUGGAUGUCCUCCGGGCACCCGGCAGUCCUCCAGCGGCUGCAGUCCGAUUGUUUGUGGCCGGGGUUUCGUCCUCGGCGCCAAUGACGAAUGUGAGGACGUUGACGAGUGCCUGGAGAAGAACGGAGGCUGUUCACAUCGCUGUGUUAAUAGCGAGGGCUCUUUCAAGUGCAGCUGUCCGCCGGGUUACAGAUUGGACUCCCACCAAAGGAUUUGCCAGGACAUUGAUGAGUGCGCUCAGGACAAGACCAGUUGCAUCACCGGGAAGUGUAUAAACGAGAUCGGAGGCUUCCGAUGCGAGUUUAACAAGUUCCCUGACUUGCCAGAGAUUCCCUCCGUCUCAACGCUGCCUGAACUACCCCAGCCGGACUCGACAAAACCCAACUAUCCUGACUUCACCGAACUGUCGAAUGAGAUUCCCAAGAGUCCCAAGCAACCUGCCAUCCCAGAGUUUCCAAGCCUGGAAUUCCCCUCCUUGCCCAAAUAUCCACCAGAUCUCCCAAGCAUCCCGCCACUUGGAGACCUACCCACUACCACCACAACCACCACCACCACGCAAGCACCUGUUUUUAAGCUUCCUGAGGUGCCUAGAAGCCCUUGGUCUAACCCGAUGCAACCCAGGGAUCUCUGCCCCCGAUUCCAGGCACCACGCAACGGCAGGUCCCACUGCAAUAGGUAUCGCCACAAACAGAAGCUGUUUUACAACAGUCGCUGCCGGAUAACCUGUAACCCUGGAUAUGUCCUAGAGGGUCCGGCCAUCAAGAGCUGUGGCGUAUCUGGAAUUUGGGAGGGUCCGGAGACCAAGUGCGUGGCUCUCAACCAGCCUCGCUUGCAGGGCCCAGGAAUCUGUCCUGCUCUGAAACCCGCUCGAAAUGGAGUCAUUCAACCGCCCAGCUGCACCCAAGGUCCAUCCAGAUUCGGAGACGUCUGCACGCUUCAGUGCAAUCCCGGCUUUAUGCCCACUGGCUCCAUGCUAACCUCCUGCAUGGUUUUGCAGGGCUGGUCCUUCGGAGACGAUCUGAAUUGCCUACCCUUCGAUAGCAGUUUGUACGGCAGCCAGUUAAACUGGGGGCUUUGGAACAUUCCACAGAAAGUGACACCCCCUCCAACCCAGGCUGUCCAAGGAAUCAGACCCUACAUCAAGUGUCCGGAAAAUGUGGUGAUCUUGCUGCAUUCCGGCGAACAAAAGGCUCAUGUAACACUGCAGAGACCCCAAACGAAUGUGAAAAACGGUCGCUUGGUAGCCCAUACCGCUUGGGCGGGUCAGCUGCAGGGUCAUCUGCCAGCUGGAGUCCACAAGGUCGACUUCAGAGUCAACGAUCCUGAGAGCCAGCUAACAAUUGGUUGUCACACAAUCAUCACUGUUAAAGAGGCACAGUCUGUAGAAGCAAGUCCCUUAAGCUUUUCCCCGGGAAUUCGAUCAUCACUUCCCAGACCGGCUCCAUUUCCCUUCUUAACCAAAAGCAGUUCAGCUGAUGGACCCUUUUUUUCUAUUCCGGACACAGCUCCCAAGCCAGCUCCCUUUCCCACAUUUUCCACCCACAGUUCACCUCGACAGCCCGAAUAUCCGCGUAAAAGUAUUUCAGAUCAGUCGUCAAUAUUCUCCAACUUGGAACCCUUUUCCCUGAAAUCCGCUAAGCUAAUAGCUCCUGGUCCAGCGCGUGGUGAAAGCACACGAGUGGACUUGGGGUCGGAUUCCACGAACUAUUGUCCACCUUCUAUCGAGGUCCCUCUGAGGGAGCACCAGGGCCUGCGUUCGGUGGCCUGGGAGGAGCCACGAUUCGAGGGAAAACUGCUGAAAAUCUACAAGUCACAUUUUCCUGGUGCCUUGUUUAAAGAGGGAGAGCACACAAUUAAAUACGAGGCCACCACCACCGAUGGCCAAACUCUAAGAUGCACUUUCUUCAUUCGUGUCAGGCCUGCUACUCCCACUCCGCCACCAAUUCUGCCAGAAAUCUUCUUUGAUAUAGAUUCCGAAUCUGCGCCUGCUCAACUCCGUCAACUGGGUGACCCCGGGACCUAUGUCAUCUGUCCGGACAAGGAGCCAGUCCGGGUGACUGCCGAUCAAUCCGUCGAUCUGCCCGUAGGCUGCACUCUGAAAAACGUGCGCCCGCAAUCGAGUCCUCUGAAAAACCUGAAAGGGGGCAAACUCACUUCGCUCUGGCAUCGUUAUACACAUUUCUGAUGUCAGUCAUUAUUUUGUAAACUAUUUAAAACUAUUUGCUUUGUAGUGCUUACUAUUUGAUGCGCAAUUUAUGCAAACAUUUUUGUACGACUUUUAUAUGAUAAACUUAAAAUAAAUAUUUUAAAAUAA